CCCAACCCCCCGGGACAGUGGUGUGUAAAUGAUAUAUUACUUGUUGUGUGUUGAGGACCAGUUGUUUCACACAUAUCAAUGGCGUUCACCAAAAAACUGGUGGUUGUCGGCGACGGCGGUUGCGGUAAAACAUCUCUAUUGAUAGCCUAUUGUAAAAAUUUGUUUACCGAACUAUACACGCCAACUGUUUUCGACAACUAUGUGGCCAACAUUGACAUCGACGGCAAAGUGGGAUGUCUGGCCCUAUGGGAUACCGCGGGACAGGAAGACUACGAACGUAUACGUCCGCUAUCCUAUCCGGACACCGACGUAGUGGUCAUAUGUUUCAGUAUAGACUCUCGGAUAUCGUUUGCCAAUAUUAAACUUAAAUGGGAACCAGAAAUCAAUACCUAUUUACCCGGUAUACCCGUAGUAUUGGUCGGCAAUAAAUCGGAUCUGCAAUCGGAGAAAACAGUUACCGCCGAUGAUGGCUGGAAAAUGGCCGAUACUAUCGGUGCCGUUGGCUAUAUAGAGUGUUCGGCCAAAAAUCGUCUGGGUGUACACAAAGUGUUUGAUGUGGCCGUACGGGCGGCCAAUCAGCGUCGACAUCGGCGUAGACGCGGCGGCGGCGGUAGUGGACAGUCAUCUAUAUGUUGUACAGUAUUGUAG